AUGGAGCCACAAUACAACCGAAUUGCUGUGUAUGGCCACCGCGGCUGGGCCAGCUCCAAGAUAAUCGAGGCUCUUGCCGCUUCCAAAGCCCCAAUCAAGGUCCUGUAUCGCCCAGGUUCCGAUGUCUCGGGUCUUCCACCUCAUGUUUCGAAAGAGGAGGUGGAUGUGGACGAUCAGGCGGCACUCGUCGCAGCUUUACAAAACAUCGACAUUGUUAUUUCUCUGGUCGGACAUGAAGGAGUGUCGAGGCAGCAUGCGUUUGUAAAAGCAAUCCCUCACACCAAGGUCCAGCUUUUCUCUCCUUCCGAUCUUGCAGCGCGCUAUGAUGAACAAGGGAAUCGUGUUCCCGUGAAUAUGAAGAAGCUUGAGGUUGAAGUCGCCGCAAAAGUAGCUGGAAUUGCUACCACCGUUGUGGUAACGGGAAACUUUGCUGAGUUUGCAUUGAAUACUCUGGCCAUGGGUGUGGACCUUGCAAAAAAUAGAAUCAUACUCAGCGGAAAUAGUGGUAAGGAGAGCUUGAACUUAUGCACAAGGAACUAUGUCGGAGCUGCCUACGCAUCAAUCUUUUCUAGCACCCCAAUCUCGGGCCUAAAAAAUCGAGUUAUCGGUCUUUCAGAAUUGAAGGCGACCGGUGACGAUAUAAUCGCUUCUUUCGAACUCAAGCAUGGGAAAAAGCCGGAGAUAUUCAAGCACAGUUCUAAAAAGGUUGAAGAUGAAUUCGAAUACGCAAUAUCGAAUGGGAUUCCGUUUUCUCUCGCCUGGUACUGCCGCAAGAUCUGGGGUAAUGGACAGCUGGAGACGAUGAUUGGAACUGAUAUUUGGGAAGUUCCAGGCUACUCGAAAGUUAGUCUCGACGACUUGAUAGUCGAAGGGAAGAUCGGAGCGUAUCGAGAGAUGCCUCCACCUGUGUUGGAGUACUUCGAUGCUACUUUCUGCAACGAUGAACGAUAG